AUGCUGAGGUCAUUAGUUGUGAAGGCAGCUUCUAAACAUAACAGCCUUCGUCUUGCCCAAUUCAGCUUACAGAGAGGAAUGCACAGUAGAAAUAAGCAGGCAAUGGAGCUUAUUGCGAAAGGCUGGAGUGCUCUGCAAGAAGUUGAUAGAGUAAUUGAUUAUUGCGAACUUAACGACAAACGUCUCAUCCCUCUUCUCAGGACAGCAAAGGAGAACUUUGAGUUAGCUUUGGAGGCUGACAACUUAAAUACCCAUGCCAGAUAUUGGCUGUCCAAAUUGCAUCUCAAAUACCAUGUCCCUGGGGCAUGUAAAGCUAUAGGAGCUGCUUUGUUAGUGGAAGCUGCAGAGAUGGGCGAUGCAGAUGCACAGUAUGAGUUGGGUUGCCGUUUAAGAGUUGAGAACCAAUAUGUUCAAUCAGAUCAGCAAGCUUUCUAUUAUUUAGAGAAAGCCGUAGACCAGAUGCAUCCAAAGGCUCUCUACCUUUUAGGUUCUGUAUAUUUAACGGGAGAUUGUGUGAAAAAAGAUAUCGCCUCAGCAUUAUGGUGCUUCCACAGGGCGUCAGAGAAGAUCGUGCUUAAUAUUCAUUACGCACAUGCAGGGUCAUGCUGGGGCUGCUAUAGCAUAUGGAUCUCUUCUUCUCACAGGUGUUGAAGUUCCAGAAUCUGUGACAAAAUUCAACUUAAAGAGGGGUUCCUCUACCAGAACAUCAAGGAAGAAUGCAAGACGUUCUGUGUCAAACCCAGUUGAGAUGGCAAGAGAACAAUUUGAAAUUGCUGCAAAAGCAGGAUGCGAUCUCGGAUUUAAAUGGUUGAAAAGACUCGAGGAGGAAGAGAAGCGUCUACUGGCAGUGGCUGCAUAGUAUCUGAACGGCAUAUCUGAAUAUCUAAGCUCAAUGUGGAGGUAUUUAGCUGUCAUAAGUGUUUCUCAGAAAUUUAUUAGUUGUCUUACAGAAUAAUACUACAUAAUCAGUAAUCAGUUGGUGUAGUCUCUUGGUAUUUUUUGAUUUCAGAAAUGCAUACUC